UUCCAAUUAGCUCCGACAUCGUGGGACGUUGUUGGGGGUCCCAGCGGCAACAGGCAAGGAUUAAGGAGUACCUGAGAAUCAAGCUCUCCUGCUCAGCACCUCUGGGGCCAGCCAUUUCUUCAUCUCCAUGUGCUCUACAUCCCCUAAAUGGAUCUGUGUCCUCCUGCGGUAUGCAGAGCCCAGUCCCCACAGCUUAGCAGUCAGAUCUCCACCAACCAGAACACUGCGAGCUCCUAUGUUGCCAUGGAUGCAGCCCUGAGUGUGCAGGAACCCCAACAAGUCUCUGUGUUGCAGCUCCUCCACAACUAUCAUUGGAGGUGAGGGCACUGAGACCACACCCAGCAGCUGUGGUAUGAAGAGGUGUUGCCCCAGUCCUGUUACGAAAGAUGCAAAACCAAAGAAGUGCUGCUUCUCACUGCUGUUUGCUGUUUCUGUGGGAGAGCUCUAUGGGGAGUACCAAGAGAACCAAGGAGGCUCCGGCAGACGGGAGGCCACACGCCUGCUCACAGAGAGACAGAUCAAGAAACAUGGCAAUCAUCCUCGCAGCCACGGGAGGACGCGACAUGGCCGCCGUGGUCAUGGACAAAAUGGAUACCAUGGUCGACAUCAGCACAGCUAUCUCAGCAAACAGAGGAACAGGCGUCAGUCCAACAUGGAGACAGAGCCGGUUGAUGAACAAACAGCCGAUCCUGACCCUACAUCCUCUGUGAAGAAGAAACGCUCCUACUCCAAGUGUAGAGACUGCAUUGCAAGAGUGCAGCGAUUCCUUGUGACAAGGUUGGGAGAGGACUGGAUAUUUCUCGUUCUACUAGGCAUCACAAUGGCACUCGUCAGCUGGAGUAUGGACUAUGCUAGCGCAAAGAGCCUGCAAGCCUAUAAAUGGAUUUAUGGAGAGCUGAAGGGGAACAUUCCCCUGCAGUACCUGGCAUGGGUUUCAUAUCCACUGAUCUUCAUCCUAUUUUCCUCCCUCUUCUGUCAUCUAGUCUCUCCUCAAGCUAUCGGUUCUGGCAUACCGGAGCUAAAAACUAUCCUGAGAGGAGUGGUGCUAAAGGAAUAUUUAACUCUCAAAGCCUUUGUUGCUAAAGUCAUAGGUCUGACUGCUGCUCUAGGCAGUGGGAUGCCAGUAGGCAAAGAGGGCCCGUUUGUUCACAUUGCUAGUAUCUGUGCAGCAGUUCUAAGCAGGUUCAUGUCCUUCUUUUCAGGUGUUUAUCAGAAUCCAUACUGUUACACAGACAUCCUGACAGUGGGCUGUGCUGUUGGGGUGGGCUGCUGCUUUGGAACUCCACUCGGAGGUGUACUCUUCAGUAUAGAGGUAACAUCCACAUACUUUGCUGUGAGAAAUUACUGGAGAGGAUACUUUGCUGCUACAUUUAGUGCCUUUAUUUUUAGAGUUUUAUCUGUCUUCAACAAAGAUGCAGUAACCAUUACUGCUCUGUUCAGGACAAACUUUCGCAUGGAUUUCCCAUUUGACCUGCAGGAGCUGCCAGCUUUUGCCAUCAUUGGGAUCUCCUGUGGGUUCCUGGGUGCCUUUUUUGUCUAUCUUAACAGACAGGUGGUGCUGUUCAUGAGAAGACCCAAUGCCAUGACUCGUUUCCUGACCAAAUACCGGCUGCUCUUUCCUGCUGUGGUAACGCUAGUCAUCGCCACCUUGACCUUCCCACCAGGGUUUGGACAAUUCAUGGCGGGCGAGCUGAUGCCCAGGGAGUGCAUCAACUCUCUGUUUGACAACUUUACAUGGACAAAAAUCUCUGGAUCUCCUCCCCCAGUCGGUCUGGGCCGCUCUAUCGCCUGGCUGCACCCUGAUGUCAGCGUCUUCAUCAUCCUGCUGCUCUUUUUCUUGAUGAAGUUCUGGAUGUCUGCUGUGGCCACCACCAUGCCCAUUCCAUCUGGGGCCUUCAUGCCUGUCUUCAUACUGGGAGCUGCAUUUGGCAGGCUGGUUGGGGAGAUCAUGGCCACCCUCUUUCCUCAUGGGAUCGUGUUUGAUGGAAUCCUUUACCGCAUCAUCCCUGGAGGGUACGCAGUGAUUGGAGCUGCAGCUUUGACAGGAGCCGUAACUCACACUGUGUCCACGGCGGUUAUUUGCUUCGAGCUGACAGGCCAGAUCUCCCACAUCCUGCCCAUGAUGGUGGCAGUAAUACUGGCCAACAUGGUGGCACAGGGCUUGCAGCCCUCUCUCUAUGACUCCAUCAUCCAGGUCAAGAAGCUGCCGUACCUGCCUGAGCUCGGCUUUGGACACAUGAGUCAGUACAACAUCUUCGUAGAAGACAUCAUGGUGAGACAGGUGAAGUUUAUAUCAUCUCAAUCCACGUACAGAGAGGUCAAACUCCUUCUGGACUCGUCCUCACUUAAAUCAAUCCCUCUGGUCGACUCAAAAGACUCUAUGAUCCUGUUGGGCAGCAUCGACAGAGUGGAGCUGCUGGCUCUCUGUGAUUGGUGGUUGUCACCUCAGAGAAGGCUCCUGACGCAGGGACAGAGCCUUCAGGAGCAGAACCAGUCUCAGAAAAACAGCUGGGAGUCCUUUGCCUUUGUAGAUGAGGAGGAAGAGGAUGAAGGGGAAAAGGGCAGCCCAGUGCAGGAGGAAAGAAACGGCCCCCUCCCUCCUCCCAAACCUCCAGAGCCUUCCUCAAACCACACAGCUCCUGUUCCUGACAAAGCUCCUCUACAGUCUGUGAGGAAAACACUCAGGAAUCUCUUCACCUCUAAGAGCAGACGGGCUGAAGGACAGUCUCAGGAGCCCUGUCCUCCUCCUCUGUCUGACACAAUGACACCAGAAGAGAUCAAAGCGUGGGAAGAGGCGGAGAUGGACAAGCCGAUGGAAAUCGAUGAGAUACGAGUCGACCCUUCCCCUUUCCAGCUAGUGGAGAGAACAUCAUUACACAAGACUCACACUUUAUUCUCACUACUGGGGCUCAGUCAUGCCUAUGUGACCAGUAUCGGCAAACUGGUGGGCGUAGUAGCACUGAAAGAGCUCCAGAAAGCCAUAGAGGGCUCCACACGCUCUGGUGUCCGGCUCCGUCCCCCUCUUGCAAGUUUACGUGAAAUCAGCAACCACAACUCAGUCUCUAAAGCCCCACCUUCUUCUCCGACUGCUCCUUCCCCUCCAACCUCCAUCCCAUCUUCUACUGCUCCCCAGUCUUCACCCCCCUCUCCACCUCACCACCACCAUCAACAUCAUCAGACAGGGAGAGAAACGGAGGUGUGGAUCGAGGGUGUGAAGAGGGAGGGGGAGGAGAGCAGCAGUGGCAGCAGCAGUAGUAGCGGCCCCGGGGCCUUCAGCUCGACCAGCAUGAGCUGCAGCUAUAACAGCAACCUCACCCUCCCUCCCUCCUCCACUCCUCCCCCUGUCCCUUCUUCCUCCACUCCUCCUCCUUCUCCUCCUCCUUCUCCCUCCAUCCCACUCUCUACCCUGACAACCCUACAGGGACUUCUCGAGAGGGAUGAAGACAGUGAUGAUGAGCCAAUGGUUUAGUUUAGACACGAGUGAUGGUUAUAUUUUUUUAUAUAAUGGAAAACUUUUAUAAUGGUUUGAGUGUUUUUUUUCUUCUUUUCUUAAAUUGUUGCCCAUUUACCUCUUUUUAUCAGCUCAUAGGAAAAAAUAGAAAAAAAAGGAAAAAAUAAGUUUAAAACCUUGUUUGCUCGAAGCAAGGAAUUUCCCUGACUUUACUUUAGUUGGUUUGACUUAAAAUUUUCCCUGCCUUGCCCACCUCAUCCUUUUUCUCUUUAAAGCAAUGAUAUGUAACUUUUCACCUCAAGAAAGUAGUUUUAACAAUAGCUCUAUCAGUCUACAGCUUAAAAUCCAAUGAUAGACUGUACAUACCUGUUGCUAAAUUGGUGGAGAAAGUCAUCUACCCCUAGUCUUGUCUCAAGUUUGCAUGCAAUAGAUUGAAACAAUCUAAUCAGAGUUACUUUAUGUUGCAGCCAUUUUUCAGGAAUCCACCUGUCAGCCAUCAUUAGCAAAUCUAAUGCACAUUAAAUAUGUAUUUAUCAUUUCAUACUUGAUUUAAAAAAAAAACCCUGCAGUUUUCUGUAGAAACUUUCGGCUUCAGGUGUUUUGGGAGUGCAGUCUUCCUGCUUGGGCUUUUCACUUAUCACUACAUAGCAUAUUGGCAUCAAGCCAAGUGAUAGACAACAUGAUAGCCAUAGAAAUAUUCAGAAAAUAAAAAAUAAUUAACAAAAAUAUUUUAAUAAGACCAUUUAAAAAAUUAUUUAGUGUAUUUGAAAGUUUAGCCCCUAAAGGGCCUUUUUAAGAAGAAACUGGCCCUUGAACAAAUGUAGUUGAUGACCCCUGCUGUAAAUUGUUAGUUGUUAUGGAGGUAACAGCAGUGUAUGUGUUAUACAGUAGUGCAGCUUUGGGCUGAACAAUUUGACAAAAAUAUCUAAUUGAGAUUAUUGUGACUCAUAUUGAAAAUCCAAUGUGAAUUUUUGUAUCAAAGGGAAAGGUCAUUUUUUUGUGUCGUUCUCAUUCUGCUUAAAAACAUAUGAAAACAAGGAAAGUAAGAGUCUUUGCAAACUAUUCAAAUAUAAAACAACAUUAGAAUGUUGGCAUGAUGACAUCUCUGCUGCAAAAAUGUAUAAAACUGGUAUUAUGACACACAUUUUAGUUUAAAGACAUAUUGCGCCUUCUGCGAUUGGACAAGUGCAGCAGCCCAUAUUGCAACAUAAUAAAAAUUUUCGUUAUUAGCUCAGCCUUCUUGCAGCUGCACUAAAGGCCUUUGGUGGGCGCCACAAACUCCGGAUUGAAUUCCUACGUAUUCUUGCUUUAAGAGAAAUGUAUGAGAUUUUUGAUACAAGUCUUGCCUCACUUUCUGAUUGUUAUUCACACACAUGCUUUGAAAAGUUCAACUCACUGUGGUGGAGUACAAACAGAAGCUGCUGCUGCUGCUGCUUUUAAAUAUUUAUUCAAACAAACAACCUUACUGCUGGUGUAUUUUUAUUUUCAUUUAAAACAGCCUUUAGGCAACUAUGAGUGAUAAAACUUGUAAAGUAACCCCUGAAAAAUACAUCAAUGUGAGACUCCUCAGAGAAAAAUAACACCCCUGUUAAAUAGAUGUGGUAUUAAGAUAAAUAUCUUUCAAAUUUUAUUGACCCAGUACCAUUAGUGUCAAGUGAAAAUACCUGAAAUCAGUAUUGGAUUGUUGUAUUGAUUGUUAUGGUGUACCUGGUGCACUCAGUGAACCCCUGCACAGUGUUUCUUCAUUACCUCAUCAUUAAUUUGUCUUUAAAAGAGGGUUUCUAUCAGACAAGAGCAGGGGCUAUUGAUUUUUUUUUUUUUUACUGGCAACAGGCUGUCUGGAUAACAGUAGACUAAUGGAGCUGCUCAGUCCGCUGUGGAAGAUUGGCCAAAGCCUCAAAACGACCUCCAAACUGUGUGCUGACCUUGUGGAUGCAGCCUCAGAGCUCAUCUCAUCACGCUAAAGUUGAUAGAUGGUGCAGCUAAAGGCGGCUGACGAUAGCCGAAUACACCCACCACUGAUUUUUUUUUUUUUUUUUUUUUUACAGUUUUCUCAAAAAGGAGACUUAACAAAGUUAAAUAAUAAAAUAGUUUAAACAAACCAUCAUGCUCCAGAAAUUGUGCUAAUUACCAAGUAAUGGCUGACAGUGAUGACAGUGACUGACAGCCUGCAUUUUACCCUAUGACAUCUAUAUGUGAAAUGAGUAUGAUGAUGUAUACUGACAGCGGGAGAUUUGGCAGCUAAUUCAUUAAUUAUCUAAAUAAAUUACCUCAUUAGUGAAACCAACAUAGAAAUGUCACAAUGGGAAUAUAUCCAGAUAUGAAGCUUAUAUGAGACUGAAAUAAACAAAUUGUGAUUCUUAUUUAAAACUGAUGGAAAAACAUGAAAAUAUAGAUAAUAUUUGAAUAAAGUGAGCAAAUUAAAAGCUAAAUGUUUCUAUUUAUACUGAAGAAAGAACAGUAAGGUUAAUGAACAGCUGGAGAUCUGACAAAUGUAUUUACAAACAGACUAAAGGCGGUGUAAAGGGUUCUGAGUUGGCUUUUAUUUCUUGUGGAGCUCAGCACUUUAUGUGACACUUGAACUUGAAUGUCCUUUAAUAUAGGAGCAAAUCUCACAUUAGAGAAUUUUAUUCUCUAAUGUGAGAAUUGUCACAAAAUCACUGCUCCCCAGAUCACCCUCUUCUCUCUUAAUAAGUUUUUUUUUCUUUAUUGAACAUGUGCAUAUUUAAUCUCUUAGAAUGUGUCGAAGCAGCCUCUUUUAAUAAAGGGCUGAGGUUAAAAAAGAUUAAAUCUUUAGAGCUGCUCAGUGACAACAUUAAUGUUUGCCUGAAAGACUUGUUGAACCUCUCUCUUUGUGGUGCACCUCUCUUCAUUAAUCACUCCAUCUCUGCUUUUUAACUGUCUUUAUCUCCUGGCUUCAGUUCCUCAGGUGUUUCCUUAAAGUCUUUAAUCCUACAGAUGUCACAAAAAAGCUUUUUUCUUCUGUCAGUGUGUAUUCAAAUGUAUAUGUCUGCUUCUAAGCGGACCUCUAAAGUGGUCUAAAUGCCUUUGUCUGUCAGUGGUUGUGGUUCAUGUGUUUAUUUUUUAUCUUUUAGUAGACUUAAAUGUGUCUCAAAAUGUAUAAAACUG